AUGGGCAGCAGCACGCGUUGUCUCAAUCUAUCUAUGCUCUCUGAGGCCACCUCGACUGCCUCUGGGCCCCUCCUCGAGCUCACUAAUCAUCCGUCCCCGGCCCCCCUGUUCUCGCAGCUGAGCCUGUCCACAGAAUCCUCGCUCGCAUCGCCGCGCUCCGUCUCGAGCCUCGUUCCCCUCUCCUCCCUCUCGGUCUCGCCUCAUUCGGGCCAAUCGGCCAGUUCUAGAGGCGAAGCCGUUCCUGCUCAAACAUUACAGCCACAACCCCGCCGCAACGCCGACGACGACUACAACCUCGCGCUUGAACGCCUCAACCGCGCACGCCUCGACGACGACAUGCUGUCCAGCUUUAAGCAAAUCCUGCGCCAUGGCAAGCAGGCAAACGCAGACAAUGCAUCCAGUCGCCAACAAAACAAAGAGGCCGCACAGCGUACGGCUGCUCCUGCCCCUGCCCAUUACAAAUCUGCACCUGCGACCUCCAAUGUUGGGACAGCUGCUUCUGAGCGCCGAGACAAGCGCGUAGAGCGUAAGGCUGGUGCGAACGACUAUCGCGAGGAGGCUGAGCGCAUCGUUGCGGAGGAAAAGGCACAGGGCGAGGUCAUGCCUCGCUACGCGGGGCUCGAAGACUACAGCCUCGUUGAGAAGAUGGGCGACGGGGCGUUUUCCAACGUGUACAAGGCCGUAGAGCGCAAGACCGGCCGCAAGGUCGCGGUCAAGGUCGUUCGCAAGUACGAGCUGAACUCUUCGCAGAGCGGCAACAAGCACCUUAACUCCAACUUUAAGAAGAGGCCGCGCGUCACAGAGCGCGCCAACAUCCUCAAGGAGGUCCAGAUUAUGCGUGGCAUCGACCACCCUGGUAUCGUUCGGCUGCUCCAGUUCUUUGAGAGCGACGAACACUACUUCCUCGUGCUGGAGUUGAUGGAGGGCGGCGAGCUGUUCCACCAGAUUGUCAAACUCACGUACUUCUCUGAGGCACUGGCGCGGCACGUCAUCGUCCAGGUCGCCCAGGGCAUCCGCUACCUUCACGAGGAGCGUGGUGUCGUUCACCGCGACAUCAAGCCUGAGAACUUGCUCUUUGAGAAGAUCCCCAUCAUUCCGUCAAAGGAGAUUGUACACCGCCCUUAUGACGAGGAAAAGGAAGACGAAGGGGAGUUCCAACCUGGCAUCGGCGGUGGCGGCAUCGGUCGCGUCAAGAUUGCUGACUUCGGCUUAUCGAAGAUUGUGUGGGACGAGCAGACGAUGACGCCGUGUGGCACUGUCGGUUACACUGCUCCCGAGAUUGUCAAGGACGAGCGGUACAGCAAGUCGGUUGACAUGUGGGCAUUGGGAUGUGUGCUGUACACCCUGCUGUGUGGUUUCCCUCCCUUCUACGACGAGAGCAUCAACGUCCUAACAGAGAAGGUCGCGCGUGGAUACUACACGUUCCUGUCGCCAUGGUGGGACGAUAUCUCAGAUUCUGCUGAGGACCUCAUCACCCAUCUCCUCUGUGUUGACCCGGCACAGCGGUACACCAUUGACCAGUUCCUGGCACACCCGUGGAUCACGGCGGCAGCUGAACCACCAGUGCCAUCUCAAAAGCCCAAGAUGCCGGUCGUUGCGCCUCUCGACUCGCCACUCCUCGCCUCGAUCCGCGCGGCCAACAAAGAGGGUCGCUCGCCGGGUGUCACUGCCCUCAAGGAAGCCUUUGACGUCACAUACGCCGUACACCGGAUGGAGGAGGAGGGCGCGCGGAGGCGUGCGUACAACGGCCCCGGUGGUGCGGGCACGCGCGGCUUCUUGCAAGGUCUCAACGAAGAGGACGAAGAUGGUGACGAACAAGUGCAACUCGAGGAGGCGCGGCGGAAGCACGGCGAGGUUGUCGCGCGCGAGAUAGAGAAGCAGCGCGCACGUGCUGCGGCCAACGCGGCUGCCGGGAUCAAGGAACCGACAGUCACGAACUAUGUCGGCCGCGGUGGAGCAAAUCGCCGCGAGGCCGAGGCGGCGUUAUAUGAUGGACGGGCAGGACAGCGCGACCGUGCGGCACAGCGCAAGUCUGGCACGCAAUUUGAGCUCAACCUCGGCAACGCGACGCUGCUGGGCCGACGGAAUAAGGGUUUGAGUGGCAUGACGAUGCCGCAGGCUGUCGUGGGACAGUAG